AUGGAUCUCCGAGGAAGAGCCGUUCUCAGCUUUAAUAGACUUCGAGUUCUCCUAAUGCUGUUCCAUACAAUGGCUCGAAUCACGGCAGAACAAGAAGUGGAAAAUCUCUCAGGCCUUUCCACUAACCCUGAAAAAGAUAUAUUUGUGGUGCGGGAAAAUGGGACGACCUGUCUCAUGGCAGAGUUUGCAGCCAAAUUUAUUGUCCCUUAUGAUGUGUGGGCCAGCAAUUAUGUCGAUCUGAUCACGGAACAGGCUGAAAUCUCACUGACCCGGGGAGCUGAGGUGAAGGGCCGCUGUGGUCACAACGAGUCGGAGCUGCAGGUGUUCUGGGUGGAUCGCGCGUACUCGCUCAGAAUGCUGUUUGUAAAGGAAGGUCACAACACCUCCAAGGGCCCCGAGGCGACGUGGAGGCUGAGCAAGGUCCAGUUUGUCUACGACUCCUCGGAGAAGACCCAUUUUAAAGACGCAGUCACCGCUGGGAAGCACACAGCCAACUCACACCGCCUCUCUGCCUUGGUCACACCAGCCGGAAAGUCCUAUGAGUGUCAGGCUCAGCAGACCAUUUCACUAACCUCCAGCGAUCCCCAGAAGACGGUCACCAUGAUCCUGUCUGCAGUCCACAUCCAGCCCUUUGACAUCAUCUCUGAUUUUGUCUUCAGUGAAGAGCAUAAAUGCCAGGUGGAUGAACAGGAACAGUUGGAGGAAACCUUGCCCCUGAUUUUGGGGCUCAUCUUGGGUCUCGUCAUUGUGGUAACACUGGUGAUUUACCACAUCCACCACAAAAUGACUGCCAACCAGGUGCAGAUCCCUAGGGACCGGUCCCAAUAUAAGCACAUGGGCUAG